AUGUCGGGCAAAAGCUCUUUGUCCCUUGAGCCGAAGCAGGCAUCUGUCACAGUAGUCCAACAGACGCCAGCCUCGACCACCAAGAGCGAUGUAGCAACUGGUGUAUUGGCUGCAGGUAGCUCACCGGAUUUUUAUGAACCUAUUCCGGAGUACGAAGGAAAACAUCGAUAUGAUCCACUUGCUGAAUGGACGGAGAAGGAAGAGAAAACACUGGUUCGAAGGCUCGACUACAGAAUUUGUUCUUGGGUCUGUAUAAUGUUCUUUGCCCUUCAGCUGGAUCGGGGUAAUAUCGGACAAGCAUUAUCCGACGGGAUGCUUACUGACCUCAGGUUAUCAACCAAUCAGUACAACUACGGGAUGACGAUAUUCUAUCUUUGCUUCCUGUGUGCAGAGGUCCCAUCGCAGAUGAUCUCAAAAAAGCUAGGCCCUGACGUAUGGAUUCCCAUUCAGAUGGUUCUUUGGAGUGUAGUCGGGAUCUGCCAGGGCCUGGUCACUGGCGAAAAGAGCUUCUAUGCUACUCGAGCACUGCUUGGUCUGAUAGAAGGUGGCUUUAUUCCCGACGCACUCCUUUACCUAUCCUACUUCUACACCAACAAAGAGCUGCCCAUGCGGGUCGCCUUUUUCUACUGUAUAUCCAACAGUACUUCUAUACUAGCAGCGUUCAUGGCCUUUGGAAUUCUGCACAUGCGAGCCGUCGGUGGGUGGGAAGGCUGGAGGUGGCUGUUUGUUCUUGAGGGUUCUUUAACUUUCAUUAUUGGUGUCAUUUCUUGGUUCUAUCUACCUCCGAGUCCUACCCAGACUGCAAGCUGGCUUCGAGGGAAAGAUGGUUGGUUCUCAGAGAGAGAAGAAGUCAUCAUGGUCAAUCGAGUCCUGCGAGAUGAUCCAGCAAAGGGUGGCAUGCAUAACCGUCAAGGUCUAACCCUGAAACUUAUGUGGGACUCACUCAUGGACUACGACCUUUGGCCAAUGUACCUGAUGAGCCUGACGCUGCUCAUUCCUGUCACGCCCGAAGGAGCAUAUCUAACCCUCUUCCUGAGGUCACUUGGCUUUGAUACAUUCAAGGUUAAUCUUCUAACUAUUCCUGCAACGGUGUUGUUCUUGAUUCAACUGGUAUUUUGGUCUUGGGUGUCCGAGAAGAUCAACAACCGCAUGGCCAUUGUGCUAUUUUAUUCUUUUUGGAUUUUCCCUCUUUUGAUGGCACUAGAACUGAUGCCGGCAACUGCAAGUCCAUGGACUUGGUACGCAGUUACAGUGUUGGUUAUUGGCUUCCCUUAUGUUCAUUCUAUCAAUGUCAGCCUGGUCUCCCGGAACUCCGGUUCUGUGCGCACGCGCACUGUGGGCAGUGCAGUAUAUAACAUGAUUACCCAAGCAAGUUCUAUCAUUGCAUCCAACAUUUAUCGAACGGAUGAUCAGCCCUUUUACCGAAGGGGAAACAAGAUUCUUUUGGCACUUGUGGGAUGGAACGUUUUGAUCACCAUCUUCGUUAAGUUCUACUAUAUUCAGAAAAACAAAAAACGUGAACAGGUUUGGAAUGCUAUGGAUCUCGAGCAGAAACACCUUUACCUCAGCACCACGAAAGAUGAGGGCAACAAAAGAUUGGACUUCCGAUUUGCCCACUAG